GACUUGAUGUUGGCUUAAGAAGUAUAGUCGAGUUUCGAAAUUCAUGGAGUGGAAAAUAACAAAAAAUGCCAAAUAAAACGAAAAAAGAUAAGCAAUGAUGAGCCACGAAUUCAGCAAAUCUAGUCUGCUGCAAUGGGAGUAGUGAAUCAAAGAAUAUAUUAUAUCUCUAUGCCAUCUUCACUGAGAUUCAUGUUUUGAUGAGGACAAGAAAUUCAUAAAUAGGCACCAGAAAAAUUGAAAUCUGCAGGGAAAAAUGGCAUUGGAAGAGACAACAUAGAAAACACAGAAGAGAUGACAAAAUCAAGUAAUGAACAAAAUAACAAAACAUCAUCUAACUCUCCACCACCCACUCAGCUGACAAAGAUAAAAUAUGCUGCAUCAACACUUAUUAAAAAGGAUAAACGACACAAUUCUUCAAGGUUUAACACCUCCAAAAACAGAGAACUGCAAAAGCUUCCAUCAAUAAAAGAUGCUUCUCCAGCAAAUCAAGAGGAACUGUUUGGUCAAAAGAUCCAACAGUGCUGUGUGCUAUUUGAUUUUCUCUCAGACCCUCUAAGUGAUCUCAAGUGGAAAGAAGUGAAACGAGCUGCUCUACAUGAAAUUGUGGAGUACAUUACAACCCAAAGGAAUGUUAUUACAGAACACAUUUAUUCUGAAGUUGUUCAGAUGUUCUCUGUAAACGUGUUUAGAACUUUACCCCCAUCUUCUAACCCUAAUGGAGCAGAGUUUGAUCCUGAAGAAGAUGAACCAACACUAGAGGCAGCAUGGCCACACUUACAGCUCGUCUAUGAAUUCUUCUUGAGGUUCCUUGAGUCUCCAGACUUUCAGCCAAAUCUUGCUAAACGAUAUAUAGAUCAGAAUUUUGUUUUGCAGUUACUAGAGCUGUUUGAUAGUGAAGACCCCAGAGAGAGAGAUUUUUUGAAGACAACAUUACAUAGGAUUUAUGGAAAGUUCUUGGGUCUUAGAGCAUACAUUAGGAAACAGAUUAACAAUAUCUUUUAUAGGUUCAUCUAUGAAACAGAACGGCACAAUGGAGUUGCAGAAUUAUUAGAAAUUUUAGGAAGUAUCAUCAAUGGAUUUGCUCUACCACUCAAAGAAGAACACAAGGUGUUUCUGUUAAAAGUAAUAAUGCCACUUCAUAAAGUGAAGUCUCUUGGUGUGUAUCAUCCCCAGUUAGCUUACUGUGUUGUACAGUUUUUGGAAAAAGAUGCAAGCCUCACAGAGCCAGUAAUAAAAAGUUUGUUGAAGUUCUGGCCUAAAGUUCACAGCCCAAAAGAAGUAAUGUUUCUAAGUGAAUUAGAAGAAAUAUUGGAUGUGAUAGAGCCAGCAGAAUUCACUAAAGUUAUGGUUCCAUUGUUUAGACAAAUUGCUAAAUGUGUGUCUUCCUCACAUUUUCAGGUUGCUGAACGAGCACUGUAUUACUGGAAUAAUGAAUACAUCAUGAGUUUAAUUAGUGAUAAUGCUUGUGAUAUUCUUCCCAUCAUGUUUCCUGCUUUGUACAGGAAUUCUAAAUCACACUGGAACAAAAACAUCCAUGGCCUGAUAUUCAACGCUCUGAAGUCAUUUUUGGAGAUGAACGAAAGUCUAUUUGAUGAGUGCACACAACAUUAUAAACAGGAGAGGCAAAAUGAGAAACAAAGAAUCAAGGAAAGAGAAGAGGCCUGGGCUAAAAUAGAAACCUUAGCCUCAAAUAACCCAAAGUGGACAGAUGUGAGCAAAAGAGGAAAUUAUCAAAAACUGGAAGCACCUGGGAUGAAAGGAGAUAUUUUAACUCCAGUCGAUGAAGAAGAUAUGCUGCAGAUAACUAAACUGGAAAAUCAAGCAAGUGAGCCCCAAGGAGUUUUAACUGUUAAAAAAAUGAUUAGAAAAGAAAAACCGUUGUUGCGUAGGAAAUCAGAACUCCCCCAUGAUAGUUUAACAUUGAAGGCUCUCAACAACCACAAGAGAGCUGAUGAGUACCUAUCACCAGCAGCGUCAGAAACUAGUUGAACUCUGAAGUGGGUGUGUAGCAAUGUGAAAAACUCCCUGAAAUGAAAACAUCCAGCACCACUCAUAAAAAGCUGGUGCGGAAGACUUUUAAUUUCACAUUCCCAAGAAACUUUCUUGAUACAAGAUACUGCUCAUUCUUUGCUAAAGCAAUUCUUAAAACAACAAUUUUCUGAUAAAUAUUAACCUCAGAAGUUAAGAAAAAUAGUGGAAUGUGAGAAUUAAAUUUUGUUAAAUAGUGUAAUUUUAAGGUACAGAAAUUUAUCAACUGGAAGCAUUUUUUGAUGAUUUUUUCAGAAGAGAAUAAUUAAGCUUUGAAUUUUACAACUUAAUAGAAUAUAUCAUUCAAACCAUUACUAUUAAAAAACUCUAAAAGUUUGUUUUAAUGUAACACAUACUUGCAAAAACAAUCCUUGUUAAAAUUUAUACAUGUUCUCAGAUCAAAUAUUAUCAUUAGUUGAAAAAUUAUUAAAAACAUUAAUGAAAAGAACAUUACUGAACUACAAUGUAUGUGUAAAGAAAAUUUAAAUUAGAUUUAUCACCAAGGCUGUUUUUUUUUAUAGUUUUCCACAGUCACAAUAAAACCAAAAAUAAGUAACUGAAUACUUCUAUACAAUGCUUGAGCCCUAAAGCUUAUGGGGUUUUGUAUCAUAGGGUAAUCCAAAAAUUAUUACUUCAAAAAUAUGAUUUUUAUGGUAUUAAAAUUACAAUAAUACAAAAAAAAUCCUGAAGUUAUUUGUUAUGUGCCACUUUUUAAAUUGUUUGUAUUAAAAUAGACAUCUAUUAUCCAAGAAGAACACAUUUUAAUGUCUCAUGUUACUAAAGUCUAUCCAGAAACUGUGUUUAGUGCCAUUGUUCAUGGAGAUAAGAAAGAAUAUGUUUGAAAGUCAAAAUUUAUGUAGGUGUGUUUUAGAAGUCAGUUAAGUACAAAUACAUCACUCAACAUUUUUUAUAGAAUUUUACAGCCUAAAUUAUUUUAUUUCAACUGGAGAAAGAUGAAGCAUGAACCCCACAGUUUUGCUAAUGCCAACAUUAUGGUCAUUUAUAACAUUUAAUGAAAACUCUUGUUGUAACAAAUCACUACGACAUGAACAUUUAUGGUGAUGCAGUUGUAUUUGAAUAUAAAGUUUAGUUGGUUGGAAUGAAAAAAAAAACACUAUAUAUACGUUAAAACAUAACAAUGUUUAGCUGUUGAACUUCAUGUUUUUGAAUUAUACCAAUAUUACUGUUUAUCAUAUGACAUUACUGACUUUGGCAGGGGAAAAGGAAAGAAAAAUCUAAGAGCUAGUAAAAGGUACUUGAGAGUAUAGAAACCACAAGUAUUAAUAAUGUGUGGAUAAGGAGAGGAGAAGGAUGUUUUUUUUAUCAAUGUGAAACUUUAUCGAGUAUUUAUGUAAAAUAAUGGGUGCUAGUAAUAACAUGGGAAGUAUAUAGGAGGUUGGAGUAAUAAUGUAUCACAACCAGUGACAUGUUCUUUAGCUUACAUGUGAUAGUUGAAGAUUUCAUUUAAUAACAUGGAAAUUGUAUGAAAGGAGAGCUUGUUGGCUUGCCUUGUCAAAAAUGUCAGUUUAUCUGGAUUAGCUGUAGUUUGUGUGAAAAAUUAAAAUGAGUAUUUUAAAAUUUUCUGUGUUUCCAUUUAGAACAGUGAUUAUAAAACAUAAAAGUUAUUUAAAAACUUAGAUUUGGUUUUAUGACAAGCAAUUUCUUGUAGAAUAAGUUUUCAUAAAGCUGGAGCAGGUUUUAAUAGUUCUUAACAAUAUAACUCCUAUUAUUUGGCAAGGUGCAUUAUACUAAAACUUUGACUUGUGAAAUUUUUUUCUCUGACCAUACAUAUUUAGACAAAGUAAGCUUUGUACAACACAGUCUGGCAUUCGUUUUUAGUGUUACCUCUGUUGGGUAGAUAUAAUUUUAUCGAUGGAAUAAGCAAACAAGCAAAGCUUUUGAAAAUUUAUCAUAGUUAAAUACUUAGAAUUUUUUAAACAAACCUCCUUUUGGGACAAGUAAAAUUGAAAGGUGAUAAAAAAAAAAAAAGAGGAUGAGGAUAUGCCGCAAUGUCUUGUGCAUACAAUAUGUUUAUUAAUUAUGUAAUUUUACUCAGUGAUGUCUUCUUUUAUUAUUAUUAUUCUUUUAACACGUUGGUUUUUUUAAAGUAUGUUUAUUUUUGUAGUUCCUGUUCAUCUUAGAAGAAUAUGAUAACAUAUAGUUUAUUUACAUAAUUCCCAAUGUGAAUUUACAAAUAUAUGUUAUUUAAUCAGUUUGCAAAAAAAAAACAGAAUCUUCUGCUAAUGAAAUUAUUAAUAGAUAAAAUAAAUCUUGUCAACUUUUUUUUAUUUGGAUGAGUUUAAACACAGCAAUUUACUGCAUUAAUAUAAGCUCAGUAGAAACUUGCUGUAAAACCUUGAUUUAGAAAAUUAUGUGAAAUUUUGUAGUAAAGUAACCUUUUAAGAAAACAUAGUUAUGGUACAAAGUUGAAAAAAUACUAGUGUUAUAUUCAAUGAUUUUUGUCAUAUACAUCAAAUACAUAUUUUUUUUAUCUCGUAAGAAUUAGCUUAAUAGUGGUUCUUUACUUUUGUCUUGUUGCAACAAUGAACUAAAUCUAACUGUUAGAACUUGGCUUUAAACUGUUCCAGCCAUAUUUAAUAAUAGAACUGUAGGAACAAGAAUUAGCAGAAGAUAAAUGUCAGUAACUGAAUUUUACUAAUGGAAAAAAUUGUAUUUAUAGAGAGUUGUUCCUUGACACUUAUUUGAACAAUCUGCUUUCAGGAAGAUGUUUGAUGGAUUUUUGGAUGUCAAAUGUAAAGGCCAGUUUGGUUUAAGAUAUCUUCUCUAAUUACCUAGCAUAAAGUUCCUCUCAACCAUUAUAUAGUUCACCUGUUAAGACAGUCAAAGUAUUUGGAGUAUUCUUUUUGUGAUUAAAUUUCACAUUAAAUGACUAACCAAACCAUUUGAAUGUUUGACUUUUAGUCAACUGAUAUUUUUGGAGAAUUUUCCUCAGUGUUAUGUACUUCAAAUGUAAUUAUAAUCAUUGUACAGAGGUAAUUCACAUGUAACAGUUAUUGUUUAAUGUUUCUGUAUUGUAAGAUUUUUAACUUUUGUUCUAAAAAAUUUGGUUAUUUAAGGUAUUGUGUGCAUUUGAAACUAAGUGUUCUGCUUCAUCAAUAUGCCUACUACCAUUUAAAUUUGUUUUUAAGGACAUGAUAUUUAAGCAUUUACAUUUUUUCUUUGUAUUAAUGGUUCUUAUUAAAUCAAUUCUAUCGUGCUUUGUGAAAUAAAAUUUUCCCAGUAGUUCUAAAAGACAGAUGGAAAAAAAAAAGUUUUUAGUCUUAUCUUGGAGAAAUACUUUUUUUUUAUUAUAGUGACAUAUAUAUUUCUAGUUGUAAUAAUAUAGGCAUUUAUUCUACCAAAAACUAUUACUUUGUGGAAUUUGGAGGUGGAAAAUUUAUCAUUUCAUUCUCUGUGCUACUGUGCUUGCUUCUUUGAAGAAAGGAACAUUGGCACUUAAUUAUGUGUACAAAGGAUUGAAAGUCAUCUGCUGUUCACUCAAAACUUGAGUUGUUAAUGUUACUUGAGUGGAAAUAUAAGCUUGGAACAAAUAUUAGAAGUUGUUAUAAACCUUAAAAAGUAAUGUUGAAAAGAUCAGACUAAACUAGGCUCAUAAAAUUCUCCAUUAAAAAAAGAAUGAAAAUAAAAAUUGAUGGAAAAAGGUUAAAUAUUUCUCUGUUUAGUUGAUAAGUUGGUUGCCUGUAUGAAGGUUAGGUAAGUAAGAUAAAUAUUUUAAAAUUUACUAAAGUUAGUCUUCUGAGCAAUGGCAUAGAUUCUUUCCUUUCUGAAGUAUAUUUUUAUUGUUAGUUUACAUUUUGAUAUAAUUUUUGUUCUUGUUUUUCAACGUAAUUAGCUGAGUCUGAUUGUUGUGGACAUAUCAAAAGUCAGGUGAGGUUAAACUUUAUAUGUGUUUGCUACUUGAAAGAUCAGAAUGAUAAGUCUACAUUGUACAUGUAAGUGAAGCAGGGACCAACUGAGAAUUGUAAGCAGAGAAACUUAGUGGACCAGACUUCAUUUUAAUUUUAUAUUUUGUUUAGCCAGUUGUAAUUAAAUAGGAAGGGAAUGUGUAUAUGGAUAUUAAUCUUUGAAAUAAAACAGUCUAAUACAUUAUCCUUGAAAAAGGAGUUACUGCUUGUGGUUUGAGGAUCUUGAAACUUAAAAUUUGUUUUCUUCCACUAAACUGUUCCUUUGUUUAUUGAAAUGUUGAUAACAUCAAGUAAGAAAACACUAAGUUGUUUUUUCUGAUUUGAAAUUUUGAAAGAGUAGAACUUUGUUGAGAUUUUCGGAAACAUGGUUGAAGCAUGUGGUGGUAAUCACCUUGUUUGUAUGUCUGUAUCAGAAUGCUUCUUAUAAAGAGAACUACUCUUUACAGGUUCAAGCUUAACACGUGAUUACAUGAUAAUUGCCACUACAGUCAUAGAGAUUAGUAUCUCAUAGAUUAACAGAUACUUGCAUGAUGAAGACAAACUUUGUUUCAAUAACAUCUCAUCAUCAGUACAGAGACUGAAGUGGUAGCUGCUUUUAAACUAUCAAACAGCUGAAUCCAGAAAGGAUUCAAUGCCAAUACAGUCUACUCUGCCAAAAUUGUUUUAAACAGAGUAAAAUUGCUUAAUUUUACGAAGUUCAGAGUUACUGUAAAUGGUUUAUAGUCCAACAUGCCUUCCUUAAUUUUUUAGAAACAGAACAAACCUGAAAUAAUGAAAGAGACUAUCUUCAUUUUUAUAAUUCUUAUCAUGAGUAUUUGUUUAUGAUGAAUGAUCUUCAGUCCAACUAUGUUUAUCUGUACAGUUCAUAACAGCGGAUGAUCUGUCAUAUAUUGAAAAAUGUUUUUAUUUUUUACAUAUUUAUUUCACUAGGUAAUUACAUUCUCUUUGAAGAAUUCUAUUUAAAUCUGUGGUUGGUUGUUCUAAAACUAUAAAAUUAGUUUAUUAAAUGCCCUCUGAGUGUUGGCAAGAAACAUUACUAAUCUAUUAAUGAGAUAGUCUAAAAAAUAAAAUGUUUAUACCUUUGAGUCAAAUACUGCUUGAUAUACAUUGAUUCAAUUUUUGUGUAUAGUAUACUACAGGAUAUUUUGCUUAGAAUUUUCACAUUUAUGAACUUCCAUAUUUUGUGACAUACUUUCAUGUAAUUUUGUUUUUUUUUAAUGUAAGACACUGCAGAAAAUUAUACAAUGUGCAGACUUAUCAAUAAUUAAAAAAAACUUCUGUUAACUGAAAGUCAUGGUUAUGAGUAUGAAAACUUGCUGUUCAGGUGUUGAUUUUCUAAAGCAACUUGCUUAAAUGAUUAUACAUGAAUCUUUAUUUUUAAAAUUGUUCGUUGCUUCUGUACUUGUAAGCGGAUGGGUAGAGUAUGUAAAAUAAACUUGCCACUGUUCGUUUCA